AUGGAAUCGAUAUCACGUCUCAGCGGGCUGCUUGAGCAGGCACGCGACCUUACCCUCGAAGCCGCUCGCGAUGCUGGUCCACGGAAAACGAUUCGUCCUCUCCCGGCGGCGCAGAUCAAGAAGCUGCUGGACAGCAGGAAUGAAAGAGAUACGCUGGAAGGGCUGCGAAGAGUGGUCGCAAUGCAAUAUGCCACACCUCCUCAACCUACCUUAACCUUCUUUCCGGCUGUUCUCAAGACUUUGUCAACCCCCUUUCCUUCGACUCGGCCGCUGGUGUACAACUAUCUCAUCUAUCAUGCCGAAGCAGACCCCGAUACUGCCUUGCUCUCGAUCAACACUAUACAGAAGUCCCUUUCGGAUAGCAAUCCACGGAUAAGAGCGAUGGCAUUGAAGACUAUGUCGGGGAUACGUGUGCCAGUUAUCUCGCAGAUUGUGAGUCUGGCGAUCAAGAAAGGCGCGAGUGAUCUGUCACCUUUGGUUCGCAAAGCGGCGGCAUUGGCGUGUGUGAAGUGUGUGAAGCUGGACCCCACGACAAGACCGCAGGUGGAGGAAUAUCUCGCGACUCUGCUUGCGGACAACCAAUACUAUGUGGCGGGUGCUGCGGUACAAGCGUUCAUGGAAAUCUGCCCGGAGCGAUUGGAUAUGAUCCAUCCGGUAUAUCGAAGUCUGUGCAAGAUGGCUGUCGAUAUGGACGAGUGGGGACAGCUUUCUCUGAUCAAGCUCCUCACGAACUACUCCCGACGAUGCUUCCCGCAACGGACAAAGCGAGUCAAACGAGCUGCUACCCAAGAACAGCGAGCCAAAGAGUUCUACGAAGACCUAGAUCCGCAAGAAGAGAAUGUGGACGACUACGAAGAAGUGAACUCCAUCGAUGCGGAUCUCGACCUAUUCCUGAAAUCCAUUUCGCCGCUCCUCUCGAGCCGCAACUCGGCCGUCAUCGUCUCUGUCACUCGAGCGUACCUCUACCUCUCGCCCACAUCAUACCUUCCUACUGCCAUUGGAUCGCUCAUCGCCCUUCUUCGAUCACCUCUCGAUAUCCAACAAAUUGCCCUCCACGACAUUCUGCAGAUAUGCCUCCACUCUCCGACUCUAUUCGUCCCGUAUACUCGACACUUCCUCCUCCGCACCAGCGAGCCGCCUCGAAUUCAAACACUCAAACUGGAACUCCUUACCCUCAUCUUCCCGCAUACCUCUGCAUCUCAACGGACCCUGCUCCUCGCCGAACUCGAACACUUCUCUCUCAUCAGUUACAAUCCGUCACUCACCCGUGCCUCCGUUCGUGCACUUGGCCGCUGCGCACAAGCUUCCUCGCCAGCCACAUCCCGCCGUUGUCUUACGCUUCUGCUCAAACAGAUCCAUUCGGCGGAUCAACAUCUCGUCGGCGAAGCGAUCGAAGUCAUACGCCAUCUCAUUCAGCGGGAUCCGGAGUCUCACCAGAAGACGCUUGUUCGACUAGCGAAGAAUCUGGAUACUUUGACCUCCCCCACUGCCCGCGCGAGCAUUGUGUGGUUGAUCGGCGAAUAUGACGCUGGAUUGGACUCGGGUAAAAGCAUCGCAGCGGAUGUAUUACGAAUUCUGGUCAAGGGUUAUGCCGACGAGACAGACGAAGUCCGCGCGCAGAUUGUGCUUCUCGGCGCUAAAGUCUACCUCCACCACUUGAACGUCGAGAACGAGAAGCGAUCCGCGAGAGAAGCUCUCAACUCGAAUCACAGUCCUGGCGACGAAGAUUCCGGUGCACGUCCCGACGACGACACAGCCCACUCCAUAACAAUCCUCUACAUUCACCUCCUCACCCUCUCCCGCUACACACCUUCUUUCUCCCUGCGCUCGCGAACCCGAUUCCUCCAAGCGCUCCUCUCGAACCCCACAUCCACAGAUCUCGCAUCUCUACUCCUUCUCGCACCAAAACCGAUACCGAAAAUGCCAUCUUCAGGUCAAAGUCGAAAAGACCUCGGCUUCGUGGUGGGGACCUCCGGGCUAGUCGUGGGGGAGCAAGUGAAGGGCAACUGGACAAUAGAAGACUGGGUGAAAGAUGGAGAAGAGCCGGUCGGAGUCAGGGAUGCAGAAGAAUUCCAAGCCGGCGGCAGGAACGAUGGAAGGAGGAGUGAGACCGUGGCUGCGGGGAGCAAGUUGGAUGAUGUGUUGCGGCAAGAGGGUGGGCCGAAGAAGGUGGUUAGUUUGGAGAGGUGGUUGGAUGAUAGUGAAGAGGAGACCGAGUCUGAGGAUGAGAGCGAGGAGGAAGAAGGCAGCGAUGAGGACAGCGGUGAGACGGAGAGCGAAGAAGACGAUGAGGAGACGGGUAGUGAGUUUGAGACAGAUAGCGAGGACGAGCGAGAUGAGAGGAGGGGUUUGGUGGCUUGA